GCAGGCGGGCCCGGCCGCGGGGCCGGGCGGGAGGCGCCGUCCCGCGCCGCACGUGCGCGGGGCCGCCGUGCGGGCCGCCAUGCCCAAGGUGCGGGCCGGGAAGCGGCCGCGGCUGGAGCGCCGGGAAGGCCGCGCCAGCGGCAUCCUCUUCAACACCGGCGCCGGGCAGCACAUCCUGAAGAAUCCUCUCGUGGUCAACAGCAUCAUCGAGAAGGCUGCCCUGCGACGUACAGAUGUCAUUCUGGAAGUGGGCCCCGGAACCGGUAACCUGACAGUAAAGAUGUUGGAGAAAGUCAAAAAAGUGAUUGCUUGUGAAAUUGACCCCAGACUUGUUGGUGAACUUCAGAAGAGAGUCCAGGGCACGUGUCUGGCAAACAAACUUGAAAUCAAGGUUGGAGAUAUCCUGAAAACAGACUUGCCAUUCUUUGAUGCAUGUGUGGCUAACUUGCCUUACCAGAUUUCUUCACCUUUUGUUUUCAAGUUGUUGCUUCAUAGACCUUUUUUCAGGUGUGCAAUACUUAUGUUUCAAAGGGAAUUUGCACUUCGUUUGGUUGCAAAACCAGGAACUAAACUAUACUGCAGGCUCUCUAUUAAUACUCAGUUGUUAGCUCGAGUGGACCACCUCAUGAAGGUUGGAAAGAACAACUUCAGGCCCCCUCCCAAAGUUGAAUCCAGUGUUGUCAGAAUAGAGCCAAAGAACCCACCGCCACCUAUCAACUUCCAGGAGUGGGAUGGUCUGGUGAGGAUAGCCUUUGUUAGGAAAAACAAGACCCUCUCUGCAGCAUUUAAGUCAAGUGCUGUAGAGCAGUUGCUGGAUCAUAAUUACCGAAUUCAUUGUUCCUUACAUAAUACAGAGAUUCCUGAAAACUUCAAAAUUGCAGAGAAAAUACAGACGAUCCUAAAAAAUACAGGUUAUUCUGAAAAACGAGCCCGUUCAAUGGAUAUAGAUGAUUUCAUUAGAUUGCUGCAUGGCUUCAAUUCAGAAGGCAUCCAUUUCUCAUAGACUCUGCUAGAAGAAUGAAGUUCUGUAUUUCAUCACCAAAGUCUUACCUAAGCCAGAGUGACUGCAGUGAGACAUGCUCUUCUCACAGAAGCAGUAACAGAAUACAGCUUACACACUCUGGUUCUUAUUAAAACUUUACAUGCCAUUUCAUCACAGAUAGUAGGCGAGAACCUGCUGCUCUGUAUUUUAAAAACAGUAAAUUCUUUCACAGCUGAAGUCAUGUGCUGGACUUCCACAUGACUGUAUUUUCAAGUUUAACUGUAAUCUGUGUUCUCUGCUCAUGGACUUGAUCUCAGUAUAUUCUUGCACAAUAUUUAACAGUACAGCCCAUAAGCCUGGUCUGGGCAACAAAACUAAAGUUGUAGUCCUUCCAUUUGUUUGGGAUUAUUGUUUGUUUCUUUGUUUGAAAGUUAUUUAAACACUUUCUUUUGAUUUGAAGUGCCUAUCUUCCAGUUGUCCAGUGGUACCUGCCUGCAUUCCAAGUCUGUUAAUAAUCUGCAUCUCUUGGAGAAAUGCCAGUAGCUCUCAGAAACAAGAGCAUUUAUCUUGUGGGCUUGGUUAUCAUUUACAAAAAUAUUAUGAAGGUACCUGAAACUAUCAGUGUCAUCUCCUUUACCCCCUCCUUAUUGCCAUCAAAUUACUCCAGGCACCAGCAGGAAACUUCCAAGGGCCGGUGCUUAUAAGCAGAGACAGAACGGGUUUUUUUGUCAAUGUAAAUCAAAGCAGCUGUUUUUUAAAGAAAAAUACUUCACCCUUCAAGGCAAGGAGGAGAUUUAGCAUAGAUCAAAGCUUUCAGUGAGUCUUGAGAGCAAUGCAUGCCUGUGUCCUGACAGAAAGACUUACUGAAAUGUCUUUAUAUAGUUUGGAUUUUUUAUAUAUUUGUUACGAAGGACAAGCCAGAAUUUUCCAAAGGAGGUUUGCAUUAACUCUGCGUAGCAGCUGUCAGAAGAAAAAUCCACAUUAGGCUGUUUUAUGAUUCAGGAAUUCAUAACUAUUAACUCUGUAGCAUCCUGCAGGGGUGAAGGCAUGACUGUGUAUUAAAUACCGCAAGUCAUUUUUUUCAUGUACAGUGUGUCCCUUUCUGUAAGAUCACAGUAAGCAGAGGGGAGGCAAAUUAACAAAACCUUUUCUAAGAUAAAACUUAAUUUUACAUGCAUCCAUUUUAAGUUCUUUAAAAGUCAUUGAUUCAGAAGCGUACAAAAAUACAGACUUGAAUUUGCAGUUAUCAUGAAAGAUUAUCUUGGAAAUGAACUAAUUUAUUUUAAAAUUUAGUAAUUUAAUAAUUCCAGUGUUGCUUCACUGUGCACAACCAAUUAGUGAGGUAAGUAGCCACAGCAAUACCCUUAGAUUAGUAAAGAAGGAACAAGUGCUGGAGCAUUCCUAAAUGCUUUUGUUUUGCAGAUAGGAAUUGGAGAGAAGCUUGUCUGAGCCCUGUUGAAGUAUUUCCAGCCUCACAGCAGUGGGCAGCAGGAAUUUGUCAUAGCCUUACCAGUUUAUCUUGAUUCUCACUGCUUCUGUAUCAGCGUAGCUCUGAUUUCACAGCAGGCUGUCUCACAGACUGCUCCUCCCCAAUGCCCCCCGCCCCUUCUACACAGGUAGCAGUAUCUGCUACCUGACUAGACUGUCCUCUUUUGUACCCACUGUAAACCACAGCCUGGUUGCAGCUCUAGUCUUGCAUGGAGGAAUAAUGGGGAAGCCAGUGUUUCUGAUAUAGGAUAUCUCAAUCUUUGGAGGCUUUUUAGAAGCUCAGAUUUCUCUAGACCAACUUCAAAGAAAUGUUUUGGUAUGAUACAGUAACUGAAACUACUGUGCUAAUAAAGGUUGCUGCCUUCUGUUGAA